CAAGUGUGCAUUGGUGUGUUUCUUGAUUUAUGACCAUGUGAUCACUAACAUGUGUUCACGGAUUUAUGUAAACAAGCUGCUGCUAUAGGAGUUUUUUUUUUUUUUCUUUAGUUUCUUUUUUACGCACCGCAAAAAGUGGGACUAUAAAUAAAAUAAUUGGGUAAAAUCCUAAUAAUAUUUUCUUUAUGUUAAAACUCUUGAAUUUAAUAGAGUAACUUAAAAAAAAAAUUUAAAGAGUUUGCCUGUCGUUGCUUUAGCAGUUGAGCUUCCUGCAGCCAGCGGUGCGUAAUUGUGCGCAAAUGGCAGAUGUUCCAAAACCGGGACACUAUGUCUCCACACACUUUAUCUGAACCUUUAGUGAUUUUUUUCCUCCCCCCAGAGUAGGGUAGGCGUGCGUCAACUUGGUCCUUUGCUUUACUACUGUAAGUUAUUUGAGGAAGUAAAGAAUAAAAAAGGAGAGGAAAAAAAUGGGCAACUACUUCAAACCGUUUUUUUUUUUUUUACCGGAGAGUUGUCGUCAUCCGCACCCCAGAUACCCCCCUCUCUCACCCCUCCUCCCCACCACCCUCCCACUUAGCUCCCUAAAUGGAUGGGGCAGUCUUGGUUUGUGCAGUUCAGCGCAGGCCAAACGACUGGAGGAACUUGUGAACGUCCGUCACUUUUCUGGCGUCCAGCGCGCAGAAAUGCCGGGCUGCCUCGUUGCUGCUGCUGCUGCUGAAGCUCAGCUCUGAGGGACUUUUCUCCUGCUUUUUGCGCAUUCCCACCCCCCUACUCUUUUCUUUUCUUUCCUUUCUUUUCUUUUCCCCUUUUCUUUUCUUUUCAGGAGGACCGACUCAAAGCUCACAACUGAAAAAAGGAGAAGUUAACCGCAUUUGCAGCUGUCACGCUCAACUUUUUCCACUAUGGAUUGUAUGUAUUUACUGAUGUACUUUUCAGUCAGUCAAGUAUUUUUGGAGCAUUUUUCAGCUGCAGAAACACAAGAAAAACUCUCUGGAAAGUUAAGAGAGUAUGGUCUUAUUGUGCCAUUCAGCACAGACUCCCACGGCCGGUACAUUUCUCACGUGGUCUCUGCUGGAAGUGGAAGUAAAAGUUCUGAUGCUGCCUCUAGCCUUAGCAGCAGAAGAAGAAGAAGGGUGGCCCGUGGUGCCCCUGAGAUGCCCUCGGCCACCUCUCCUGCAGCUCAGCACCUGUUCUUCAAUGUCACUGUUUUUGGGAAGGAGCUUCACCUUCGCCUCAAAGCCAACAGGAGGCUGGUGGCCCCGGGGGCUUUUGUGGAGUGGCAAGAAGACUUUAAGGAGAAAAGCAAGGAGCGCAUCAGUGGAGACUGUGUCUUCACUGGGGAUGUGACCGACAUGCCGGAGGCCUCUGUGGCCAUCAGCAACUGUGAUGGGCUGGCAGGCCUGAUUCGGACUGAUAAGGGGGAGUUUUUCAUCGAACCACUCGAGAAGGGCCAACAGGAUGUGGAAUCGAAGGGGCGAGUUCAUGUUGUUUACCGCAGAUCGGCCAUCAAGGCCGGCCAGCAGAGGAGCGACUUCCACAACGAAGUGGCAGAUGUUGGAAUCGCAGACCUUCCCGCGGCUCUAGAUCUUGUUGAACACAGACUGUCGGAGUCCGAGCGAAAGAGGAGACAUGCAAAGAAGGACGACUACAACAUCGAGGUGCUGCUGGCUGUGGAUGACUCUGUGGUGCGCUUCCACGGGAAGGAGCACGUGCAAAAUUACGUUCUCACCCUCAUGAACAUAGUUGAUGAAAUUUACCAUGAUGAAUCCUUGGGGACCAACAUUAACAUCGUCCUCGUUCGUAUGAUAAUGGUCGGGUACAGGCAGUCGAUCAGCCUGAUUGAGCGUGGCAACCCAUCUCGCAGCCUGGAGCAGGUGUGCCGAUGGGCCAACACGCAGCAGCGCCACAACCCCGACCACGCUGAGUACCACGACCACGCCAUCUUCCUCACAAGGCAAGAUUUUGGUCCUGCAGGUAUGCAAGGUUACGCUCCGGUGACGGGGAUGUGCCACCCGCUGAGGAGCUGCACCCUAAACCACGAGGACGGCUUUUCCUCCGCCUUCGUUGUCGCGCAUGAAACCGGCCACGUUUUGGGGAUGGAGCAUGAUGGACAGGGAAACCGUUGUGCUGAUGAGACCAGCAUGGGCAGCAUCAUGGCCCCCCUGGUGCAGGCCGCCUUCCACCGCUAUCACUGGUCGCGCUGCAGUAAGCAGGAGCUCAACAGAUACAUCCAUUCUUACGACUGCCUGCUGGACGAUCCCUUUGAACACAAGUGGCCCAAGCUUCCCGAGCUCCCAGGAAUAAAUUAUUCUAUGGAUGAGCAGUGCCGCUUUGAUUUUGGGGUCGGUUAUAAAAUGUGCACCGCUUUUCGAACUUAUGACCCUUGUAAGCAGUUGUGGUGCAGUCACCCGGACAACCAGUAUUUCUGCAAAACGAAAAAGGGUCCACCUGUAGACGGGACGGAGUGUGCCCCAGGAAAGUGGUGUUUCAAAGGUCAUUGCAUCUGGAGGUCAAGCCAGGAGCCUCAGGGUCACGAUGGGAGCUGGAGCUCAUGGUCCAAGUUUGGGUCGUGCUCCAGGACGUGUGGGGGCGGGAUUCGGUCCCGCAGCAGACAGUGCAACAAUCCUCCGCCGGCCUACGGGGGCCGAGACUGCCCCGGCUCUUCUUUUGACUACCAGAUGUGCAACACGGAGGAGUGCGCUGGCUCCUACGAGGACUUCCGAGCUCAGCAGUGUAUCCAGAGGAGCAACAAAUACCACAAAAAUAUGAAGCACACCUGGCUACCGUAUGAGCACCCAGAUGACUCCCGUAAAUGCGAGUUGAGCUGCAUUUCUAAGGAAACAGAAGAAAUUGUGUUCAUGAAUCAGGUGGUGCAUGAUGGGACGCGGUGCAGCUACUCUGACCCGUACAGUGUGUGCGCCCGAGGAGAGUGUCUGCACGUAGGCUGUGAUAAGGAGGUAGGCUCCUACAAAGAAGAGGACAAAUGCGGGGUGUGUGAAGGGGACAACUCCCACUGCCGUACUGUGAAGCUGACGCUCACUAAAACACCCAAAAAGAACGGAAUGCUGAAAAUGUUUGACAUUCCAAUAGGAGCUCGGCACAUUGUCAUUGAAGAAAAUGAGACUUCCCCUCAUAUUAUUGCUGUGAAGAAUCAAGUCAGUGGAAACUUUAUACUGAAUGAAAAAAGUGAAGACGCAAAGUCAAAGACGUUCAUCGAAAACGGUUUACAGUGGGAGUACUCCAGUGAUGGCGACAGGGAAACUCUGAAAACCAGUGGACCUCUGCAUGACGGCAUCGUGGUGCUGGUCAUUCCGAUGGAAGAAGAAGUGAAAAUCAGCUUGACGUAUAAGUACAUAAUACAUGAAGACCUGCUGCCUUUAAUUACCAACAACAAUGUUCUUCUUUCUGAGCUGGACACGUAUGAGUGGGCCCUGAAGAGCUGGUCUCAGUGCUCCAAACCAUGUGGGGGAGGUAUACAGUAUACAAAGUAUGGCUGCAGGAGGAAGAGCGACGGCCGUUUGGUGCAUCGCAACUUUUGCGAAAGCAGCAAAAAGCCUAAACCCAUCCGCAAACGGUGUAACGUGCAGGAGUGCAGUCCGCCCAAGUGGGUGGUGGAGGACUGGAGCCCCUGCAGUAAGAGCUGCGGGAAACUCGGCUACCAGACCCGAGUGGUGCAGUGCAUGCAGGCUCUCCACAACGGCACCAGCAGGCCGGUCCAUAGCAAACACUGUCCCACCGAUCGGCCUGAAACCAGGCGGGUCUGCAACCACACCGCGUGCCCUGCACAGUGGCGGACGGGGGCGUGGUCACAGUGCUCGGUGAGCUGCGGUGAGGGGAUUCAGCAAAGGCAGGUGGUGUGCAAAACCAGCGACAACACCGUUGGCGAAUGUGAAGGCGAGAAGCCGGAAACGGUCCUUAUUUGUAAGCUGAGCCCAUGUCCAGGGUCACCGCUGUCUUCCCUCUCAUCCCAAACGAUGGAAAAUUUGACGAUGAACGGUGAAGCUGUGUACCAAAUGGUUCCUAAAAAUCCAGUUGACAAAAUCUCUAAUGAACCCUGUCUAGGAGACAAAUCGAUUUUCUGUCAGAUGGAAGUUCUUGCUCGCUACUGCUCCAUCCCUGGAUAUUACAAACUUUGCUGCGAAUCAUGCAGCAGGAAAGAAGCCUCCCCCACGAAUGCUCUCAACUUCCAGGAACUCAAGGCUUUACCAACCCAGAACACUAUGAAGUCCACAGACGCCGCUGCUCAGACUUCAACAGAAGCUACACUGCUCCAGAGUCCCGCAGACGUCAGGGAGCCUCCGCUACCUCCAGAGCCACCACUUCCCCGAGGAGACGCCAGUGGAGGCACCUCUCCAGAGCACAGUCAAAAUAGCACUUUAAGCCCAGAUGCUGCCAGGUCAAGAAGGGACGACUUAGGAUCUGAGAGGGAUUCAGGUCACAGAACCCUGUCGGCUCGGAAAUGAGCGUUUUUUUGAAUGAACCUUCAGAGGUUUUGCUGCGAUAUUUUUCUUUUUUUUUGUCAUGUCAGUGAACUCAGACCAGGCCAGAUGGUUACCUCAUAAGAAAAACACAAACUACAGAGUGAGGUUUGUGUGCUGCAUCUGCACAACGUUCCUCAAACACAACAUGAGUGGAAUAAGAAGAUGUCAUAACAAGGUGCUGUAAACUAAACCGACUACAAGAAGUGCUCAAAAUGUGAUGACUGCAUUAGUAUACUUAUGUUUUUCUCUGUUGUGUAAACCUUUUUAUUUUUUUUCCAAGUGCAUUAGAACUACUAUGAAUGGUUUGCGUACAGAUGUGCAGCUAUGGACUCUUAAGUGUGUCACCAGUCUGAUUAUGAGUACAUGAACAAUUCAAAAACUCAAUUAGAAUUAGUUCUAAAAUAAGAUCCUCAUUAUACUUAGGCCCUUUUUGACAUUAGAAGCAAAUUAACUUACAAGAUAAAAAGGGAUUUUUCAAAUGUUAAUUGCUCCGCUUUGUUUUUUUCAUCAUAAUUUUAAAGUGGUUGUCAAAUUAAACUUUAAAAAAAGCCAUUUACAUGGACAAAACAGUGAUUUAGGCCAAAAAAUAAUCAAAAGCUGCUUGCAUUUAUUUUUUUCAACAAGUUUCUCCUCUGAUUGGUACUCUUUUUAAACACCAUAUGCAUCUUUUAAGAUUAUUUCUUUUUCUGAGGUUUUUACAUAGCUUUCUGUGCAUGUGGGUGAUGUAAAAACGAGAAAAUCACAGGAAGGCUGCUUCUAAAAUGUUUGCCCUGUUGGACUUAAAACCAGCAGCUGCCUGAGUAAUUAUUUUCAGAAAAAAAUUUGCCUGAAAAGGACAAAAUUUGCUUAAAAAUGCAGAGUUUUCAAAAAGAAAAAAAAAAGAUUAAUUUUAGGAUAGUCUCAUUUCUGGCUGUUUGGCUUGAGCCUUUUAUCAAAAAGUGAAAACAGAUAAUUUUCUGUGUCUUUGAUAAACACAAGUCUAUAAAAAUAAAUAAAUAAAAGAAUGUGAGCAAAAAUGCGUUUAUUUAAAAGCCAGACUUUUUAUCUUUUAAAGUAAUUCACUUGAAUGGUUCUGGUGGCACACUCCAGACUUCAUGGCCUUCACUCCCGACAGAAGCUUUAUAGCUUCUCUGUCUCCGGUGCUCUUGUGUUUUGUUUUGUUUUUUUUGGUUCAGAUUGACCACACAGAUGAUUAUCCUCACUGAUGUUUAAAAAGAAAAAAGGUUAUAAUUUUUUUACAGUACUGUAGUACAAACUCUGCCAGUUGUUGACUGUCACUUAGCGCUUCAAAGACCCACUUUGAUCACCAUUUGAUCUAUAUUAAAAGCAUUCUCAAUUGUUUUUUUAAUUAUGAUUAUGCAGAUUUUAGCUAAAAUCCAAAAAAUCUGUUAUUUUUUAGGACAUAGUUUCUGAAUUCCACUCCCCAUGGAUGAGAGCUCUCUGUUUACAUGCCCUCCCACUAGCUUACAGCCCCUCGCACUACCAGCCUAGUCAGACGAGGAAAACAAAGACGUAAAUGGAUCUAUUUGUCUUUAAGUGGAUGAAUCAGAAUGGAAUGGAGUAGGGAUUUUCAGUGUACUUUCAACAUUCCAAAAACUACAUUUUUUCAUCAGCUCCUGAUUUACAACAAUUUGAAUAAAGGAAUACUCAGAAAUGCAACAUCAGAAAAACGCCACAAGAACAAACGCCCAAAACCUUCAUCGGAGUGGGUCUUUAAUAACUAAGAUUUCAGAGAGAACUCUUUUUUUAGUUUUGUAAUAGUAUAGUUUUCAGGUAAGAAUGUACAUAGUGUAAAUUUCAGUUCAUAAAAGUUUUGCAAGUUGGAAAAUCGGCUCAAUGCUGUACGUCUGCAGGUUUGUCUACAUCUGUCUCUGCCUAUUGCAGUUUCUAACGCCACCUUGUUCAUUGUAUAGAUCGUGUACAUACAUACCUAAAUGAAAGCUUUAAAUGUUAAUAUUUAUUGAAUUUUUAAGUGGUGAACGAACAAACAUCUAAAAGAACAAACAUUUUUUUUUUUUUGCAAUUUUCACUUCAUUUUCUUUUUUUUAAUUAUUUUUCAAUGGACUUCUUAGUAGGAGGAGAGGAACAUUUUGUUGUAAAGUUGUAACUUUCCUAAAUAAAAAAUCACAAAUUUACCUUUUGAAAUAAAACUGCGGAUUUUCUUUUUUCUUUUUUAAUGCUCCAUUUGAUGUUUUUUUGUUAAAGUGUAAACAAAUCAGCCAGCAAGAAGAAGCACAUUCAAGCACUUUAUUCAUUCUUUACAGUUUUUGGAGGUGCGUCCAGAGACGAGCGUUCACUUUAGAGCAGGAUGAGGUUUAAGUGGCGCAUUCUGUUCUCCAUUCCUAUUGUAAGCCAGCUUCCUUUGGCCAGGCUGGGACUGGUCUCUGCUUUUUUUGUUUUGUUUUUUUCCAUCAGCAGAGUUUCGUUUUGCAGAGCAGGUAGUCUGUCAGCGUGCCUCCGUCUCUGUCUUGAGGAGCGACGAGGGAGGUGCUGGGUGAAGACUCAUUCAUCUCACAGCGAGGCGUCUGCGGAGAUGUCUCGUGAAAUCCAGCUGUGCUCGGGGCAAAGCCUGAUUGACAAUGGACUUAGGCAGCCAGCCCUAGGAACAAUAGUAGCUUUGUUAGACCUAAAAAAUGCAUUUUCUUAGAAAAAGUAAUGGUGUAACACAAGGCAGAUUCUUCGACAUAUAAAAUAAGUCUCCACUAAGUUAACAAAAAUAAAAACAUUAAAUUAAAUAGUGAAUUUCACAGAUAAAAAUGAAUUUUUUAUAUUUUUGCUUAUCAAAGGAAGAAAACAAACCUAUUUAUUUACCUAAAAGAUUAAACCUGAUAUAUAUUUAUCAUGACAUUCCAACUGAAAAGAGUUUCAUAGAUAACAAUUCUUUGUUUUUGUCCCAUAAGAAGCCAAAAUUGACUUAAAUUGUUUAAAAAAAAAA